ACAUUCAAUCUCUUCAGGCCAUCAGGUUUAGUGUUUUUUUCACACACACUUAAAAUUUUUCUAAUUUUCUUCUGAAUUUCUUUAAUUAUUUUACAUCCCCCCCUCUAAAUUCCCCACUUCUAUCUUCCCUUUCUGUUAUUAAUCAUCUGAUUAAGAAAAAAAAUUGAAAUUAAUUUGACCUUUUUCCGGGUUUUCAUGAUUUUUAUCAACGAAAAAAAAGCAGAUUAAUUUGAAUAUUUCAAUAGAUUUUAUUUUCUUUUCCAAUCUUAAUAAUUCUGAUUAAAAUCUGACCUUUUAGGGCUUAUUUUCGUCGAUUUUAAGGUUAAUUUUCUUUUCAGGGAAAAAGGUUUGAUUAUUUAAAAAACCAUAAUUUCCUCACCUUUUUUUAUAUAUUAUAAAAAGAUCCACGAUGUCAGCAACGGUGGAUUUCUGGAACACCAUCGGAGUUCAACAGUCGUCGGCGGUUGCCGGCGGUGAGCUCAUGGAAGCACUUCAACCUUUUAUAAAAAGUGCUUCAGUAGAUUACCAAAAUACUCUUGUUUUAUCCCCCACUUCUACUUCUUAUUCAUACUCUCUUUCUCCUUCCCCAAAACAUCAAUUUGGGUCGUACCUGUACCCGACCCAAUACCCUUUUAGUUAUGAACAACUUGGGUCACCACCCGGGUUGAACCAAAUUACCCAAUCCCAGGCUCAAAUCAACUUGGGUCCGAAACCCGUAUCCAUGAAACAAUCCGGGUUUGGGUCACCUCCGAAAUCCGUAAAACUUUAUCGUGGUGUGAGACAAAGACACUGGGGAAAAUGGGUAGCGGAGAUCCGUUUACCCAAGAACCGUACUCGGCUUUGGCUGGGUACCUUUGACGCGGCUGAGGAAGCCGCGCUGGCUUAUGACCACGCGGCUUACAAGCUUCGUGGCGAGAGCGCGCGGCUCAACUUUCCUCAGCUUCGUCAUAACUGGCUCGGUGGCGGCUUCAAGCCGCUUCACUCUUCCGUUGACGCCAAGUUACAGGAGAUUUGUCGGAUCUUGUCGGAGGGUAAAAGCGUUGACCGGUGUAAAAAGUCAACCCGGACGUCGGCAAAGUCACAAAUCCCGACGGCGCAGUCGGAGGCGGCGGCGGCGGCUGAAAGCUCAGAUAGUGGUUCCGGCGGCUCAUCGCCGUCGGCUGAGCUGACGUUUGCGGCUGAGGAGAGCGCGUGGUGCGACGCGGAUAAUUUUUCGCUUGAGAAAUGUCCGUCGUAUGAGAUUGAUUGGGGUUCUAUCUAGUGUGGUUGUUUAGUUUUGUUAUUUUAUUACAGCUGGGUAUAUUUGUAAUUUUGCAGGUGGGUAGAGUCGUUUCUGCAAUCGAGUUUUUGGUAUUGCAGGGCUUUGAGACUUCUUCCUAUGUGUGUUAAGUUAAUUUGGCUUGUGGUUUUUUCUUGGCCAAAUUAUUUUGUAAUUUGUAUAUUUUUAGUGUAUUUUUUCUGGUAAAUUUUAUUGUAUGAAGUUUAUUUUAGUGGUAAUGUAUGAUAUUUGCAUCUUGUUUUAUUAA